AUGCGCAGUCUUGACCAUGCUCGGGCGAGCUGGCAAGAACUACAGAAACACAAAACUCUCCGCGAGCUCAAAGACGGCGUUCGAUUAGAGUAUGGCCUUCACUCACUAAACGCAGGCGGUUCAGCUGGUUUCCGUUCCGCCUCAUGGAAAGCUUUCUUACUGUUCGAUUCGCUGGAUGUCGCAGAAUGGCAGCGCACUCUCACGUCGUCUCGUUCAGCCUACAACUCCCUGCGAAGCCACUUUUUCCGAUUCAUCGACAACCCUGACGACGUGGGUGGAGGCCAGGAUCCGCUGAGUCAGGAGUCUGAGGCAUCGCCGUGGUCGCAGGUGCAGAAAGACGAAGAGCUGCGCGCCGAGAUCCUGCAAGAUGUCGAACGGUGCAUGCCUGACAACCCAUACUUUCGCCAGCCGGAAACACAGCGAAUCCUUUUGGACAUUCUAUUCAUUUUCUGCAAGCUGAACCAAGAUGUUGGGUAUCGACAAGGAAUGCACGAAAUUGCGGCGCCGAUUGUCUGGGUAGUAGAAAGCGAAGCGAUCGAUGUCGGGGUCGAGAGCAGAACUUUGGGCGAAGACGCCACCAUCAAGACCAUAUUCGACGCCGACUACAUCGAGCACGACGCCUUCGCAAUCUUCGGACAAGUAAUGCAGAGUGCCAAGACAUUUUACCUCUCGGAAGGCCCAGUGUCAAUAGCUUCACGAAGCUAUCACAUCUUCAACGAGCUUCUGCCGCAGGUCGACCCGGAGCUCAUGAAGCAUUUGGAUUCCUUGGACAUCGUGCCGCAGGUCUUCCUGAUCAGAUGGAUAAGACUCUUGUUCGGCCGAGAAUUCGACUUCGAGGCUGUCCUUACCUUGUGGGAUGUCAUUUUCGCCGAGGACACUUCGCUCGAGCUUGUCGAUCAUGUUUGUUUGGCAAUGCUUCUGCGGAUACGAUGGCAACUGCUCGACGCCGACUACAACACUGCUCUCGGCUUGCUUUUGAAGUAUCCGGAGCAAGAAAAGAAUGCGCCUGCACAAUCACUUGGGCUUGAUGCGUUGUACCUUCAAUCUCAUAUGACUACUGAAGGAGGUAGCUACCUGGUCUUGAAAUAUACCGGGCGACCACUACUCCGACCCGAUCGACCUACCACGCCUCCUGCUUUACAGCGGAACAUCACAACCUUCUCUGGCAUCAAUGCCAUUCGCAGCCGGAACACGCUUUCUCCAACCCGUACGAAUCGGCAAUCGCGACAUAUCGAAUCUGUCCUGCAAAGUACGGCAAAGAACAUAUUCGCGAAAGGAGAGCAACUCGGAAUUGGGAAAGCAGUACGAUCCGCGGUUGAAGAAGUUCAGAAGAAGGCGCAAGAGAUUCGAGAAAGUCAGACGCCACCGUCGUCUGUUCCAAAACGACCGGGAACCGAUCAAAUGUUGGAGAAGAUCAACAAUAUGGAGGCUCGUAAUAAGCAGCUUUCAGAUUUGCUGGCUAGUGCAGUAAACGAGCUGUGGGACUACCAGCGACGAGUGACCGAGAACGACAAGGCAGAAACCGAGAACGAGAAGAUGGAGCAUGGUGAUGGGAACCAAGACAAGCUGGAAAAGCUAAGCACUGCCAUUGCCAAGUGUCCCCAACAAGUCCCUCCAACGCUGCAGCCACUCUUGCCGACCCAGACAGCUUCGACGAUUUUCUCGAGCCAUCAGACGAAACCAACCCAGAAACCAAGACCAUUCCUCCCGAGCAAGCCGCGCCCGUGGCCAGUACCACGCAGCCACAAGAGCGAGCAGUCACUCCACCCAGACCCUCAUCUGCUCGACCUCCGCUAG